AUGGCAGCCAGGAUUUCGCGUCAACUGCCACUACUCAGCCGACGUGGCUGGGCUAGCUUGCCUUCCCACGCGACUUCUCGUCUUGUGAAUACCAGUGCUCGAAGCGGCUUGGUGACGUCGCGCAACACCCGGAACAUCGCGCCCUGGACAUGCCGCGCAACACAAGCCAGCGUGGCCGUGCCAUUGCGAUAUGCGCAUACCGAUGCUAGCUCGUCGGGCAAGCCCAAAGCUGUCAUUGCGGAUGCGACCACCUUUAAAGGGUCCAAUGUCACCGAGAAGCAUUGGACAAGCCAGAAUCUGCCAGUUGCGGACCCUCUAAUUGAACCGCAAGCCGUCUUGCAUUUUCUUGAAUUUAUCACGUCGGGUAUUCUACCCAAUGGCAAGAAAACCGAUCUGCCUUUACUUAACCCCGAAGAAUUCCCACUAUUCUUGACCCCGAGCUCGCAAUGGGCGCCGGCGCCUUUCAACAAAGAUGAUACCCUAUCAUCGGUACAGAAAGCUAUGAAACGCAUCACAGACGCAGAGGAAUUGACCGGACUGUGCCUUGUUGGCCAGAACAUUCAGUUCAUCAAAAAUCGUCUCUGGGGGGGGGAUCUCAACAACCCGGACAAUUUCACCAUCGCCCACGAGUACCUGACCUCCGUCAUUGCCGUCUUUGAGUAUCUCAACAAUCCUCAGAUCAAGACUAACAUGCGCGACACCUUCAACAAGAUAUCCCGUGACUUCGGAGAAAUGCAGGAUGCCCUCAACGCCCAGCGCAAGGCAGCAGGCAGCGUUUCUCCCGACCUCAACUUAACCGCCCUGUGGGAAGAAUACAUCCGCUCUGUCUACGAAGUAAUGACCAGCACCGCCCACAACUGGAUCCUAUCCCGAGUCACCGAACUCCGCGCCCGCACCCUGGACAGCUUCUCCGAAAUAACAGCCAAGCCCAACGCCGAAGAAUCGCCCGAAAUGGCCAUCUUCUCGCAGCGCUGGAGCGAGCUUCUCUCCGUGACCUCGGGGGCCGAUUUCAACAUCUGGAUUUCCAUGGAAGGAUACGACGGCUUCAAAACACCCACCUCGAUCGUCGCCGGCCUCCACAAUCCCAACCUGCAGAACCAAAGCACCAACUACCCCUUUUCAGAACUCUUGCUCGAGCGUCUUGGCCGGUGUAUCCAGCGCCAGAAUAAGGAGGCUGGCGUCUCGGGCGAAGGCGCGAUCGAUACGGAUGCCGCGCGCCGUGAACGUCUUUCCAUUAGUACGCUCGUCCAGGAUGAACUGCGCGAGAAGAUUCGCGGCACAAACCCCUCGCCCAAGCCACCCGUGCAGCCCUGGAUCCAGCAACAUCUCCGGGCCUACGAGGCGCUCUCGAGGAACUUGCAGCCUGGACAGGAAGUCGACUUUGGCUUUGGAUUGGCGAUUUACCGCGCCGCGUACAGGAACGUCUCGGACGAACAGUGGGCAAAAUUGAAGCAAGAUUUGGAGAGUCAUCUUUCAGCCUGGGGCGAGGAAGUCGAGCGCGCCGAUGAGCUCAAGCCACUCCUCAAAUUGCACUGGUUUGACUGCAAGGAAUUAGGCUUCGAUGCGGCCAACUCUAUCACCGAAGCGAGAAGCCACUUCCAAAAAAUCCGAACCUCUGAGGAAUGGAGCCGCAAGAUCGCCCCAUCCUUCUUCCUCGCCAUCGACCCCAUGAGCAAGGGCUCAUACAUCGACGAGGCCUUCCACCCAACCCCAGCACCAAAUGAAAACCUCCUUCAAGGUGAUUUCCAGGGCCACGUGCUAGCCGUUGACGCAGACUUCGAAGCACCCGCACCUACGCCCACGCCCGCCAACGACGCAACCAAAGACGCCGAGCCCGCGAAAUAUAACGGCCAGCUGCGCGUUUUGGGCAAUCUAGUCUGGAGUGAGGUCUACCCUAUGCUAAUGCUUCAAUCUGCGAAUCUCGAGACUCUCAGUAUGCGGGCUCGCGAUCAUCCGAUGAAGGUAUAUACGGGUCCGACGGUGCCGAGUCAGGUUGUGCCUUGGAAGGAGCGGAAUGAGAUGAAGGGGUGGAUGAUGGAUAGUUUUGUGGAUUAUUUGAAGGAGAAGAAUCCUGAUCUUGCUGGGAAGGUUGAGGGAUUCCGGGGGCAGGGGAUUCUUUGA